AUGGGUCUCUGCUUGUCAAUGCCACCCCGCCAAAGAUACCCACCUAUGGGAAUGGGCUAUGGCGGGGGAAUGGGUGGAAUGGGAAUGGGCGGCAUGGGUGCAUUCGGCCCAGUUCCUCGUCGAACCUACUACAGCGGUGGAUAUUAUAGUGGAUAUGGCGGUGGAUAUGGCGGAAGAGUGCCAAUGCCAAUGGGCGGCGGAUAUGGCUAUGGUGGAAGAAUGGGAGGCGGUGGUGGAUUUGGUGGACCACGUUACGGCUCUGGAAUGGGAGGUCGCCGGCCUGGUGGAUGUGGGGGUGGUGGAGGCUAUGGAGGAGGUCGACGCUGGUGA